UGGACGAGGAGCGUAUGAAAACAUUCGGAAGAUUGGUUAGUUUUGUUCAUUAUUUGCUGUGUGUGUCCUACCAAAAUUCAAGCAUGGCCGACCGCAAGAGUAGUAAGGGGACUGGGAGGAGAAUCAAGCCACGCAGCGCACAGCCGUGUGAUAAUAAGCAUGAGGUUGAAGAAGAAAGUCAGUCUGAAUCUCAGCGUGCUGAUGGGAAGAAGAGGAAGCCCAAGCCCAGUGCAGUAUCAACCACUUUUGAUUGCAAGUCGAGUGGUGACAUCAGUGAACCAGCAAGCAGCCUAGUUCCUCCUUGUAAAAAAUCUAGAACCUCAUUAGAAGAAAGACAUGGACAACAGAAAGGGAACGGGUCUAGAAAAGAGGAGAAGUUACUGAAAAUAUCGAAACAAAAUAAAAAGGAGAAUGGUGACAAACAAUCCUGCGAUUUUGAUUCUCUGGACGUAUCUAGUCCAGAGAGGCUUCUCAGUUCCUUACUCAGCCCAGAGGUUAGCCUGGAGUCAUUCUUUGAGGGGUACUGGGAGAAGAAACCCCUGGUUGUGCAUCGUGGAGGGGAUCAGACAUCGGCUAGCUAUUACGGAGUCAACUUUACCAGGGAGGCACUGUUUCAGAUACUCUCUGAGAAGAAGGUGGACUUUCUGAAGGACGUAAACGUCUGCAGAUAUGUAGACUCCAAUCGGGAAGAGUUAAACAAAACGGGCAGAGCGACUGCUGGAAAAAUCAGAACUCUGUUUGACCAGAAGAAAGCAACUCUACAGUUUCAUCAGCCCCAGAGGUUUCAGGACAAGCUGUGGCAAAUCUGUGAGCUUCUAGAGAGUUUCUUCAACUCUCUGGUCGGAGCAAACAUCUACAUGACACCAGGAGGAUCCCAAGGCCUGGCUCCACACUAUGACGAUGUUGAGGUUCUUAUUCUCCAGUUGGAAGGGAGGAAACAUUGGCGUUUGUAUGCUCCCCCACAAGAACUGCCACGAGACUACAGCAGGGACUUGGAUCAGGAUGACAUCGGUCUCCCAACUCAUGACUUCAUCCUAGAGACAGGUGAUUUCAUGUACUUCCCUCGGGGCACUGUGCACCAGGCUGACACACCAGAUGACUGUCCGUAUUCGACCCAUGUGACCAUCAGUACCUACCAAAGAUCAUCCUUUGGAGAUGUACUGAUGCUUGCCAUUCCGAAUGUCCUCAACUCCGCGAUCAAUAACUCUCUGGAUUUCAGGAAAGGUGUACCAGUGGAUUUACUUACUAACAGCGACACUCUCUCUAGCAGCAAGUCAUCCUUUCAGCGUCUGCUCGGACAACUCUCCAAUCACAUUGGAGAUCAUGUCCAGCAAGCAGCCAAUCAGAUGGUACUGGACUUUGUAGCCAAUCGUCUUCCUCCUUUUAAAUUGGACCACGCAGACUCUGGAAACUCUCUAGGUCAAAUGCCGACUGAGACUUGUAAAGUCAGACUCAAGUUUCCGAAGCACGUCUUUGUGAUGACAGAGACGGAGGAUGAGGAGGGGGAGGAGGAUGAUGACGAGGAGGGGGAAGAUGAAGAAGAUGAUGAAGACGAUGAAGGUUUGACUCCAGAUGUUGGAGUUAACGAAAAGAACUUGAGUUACGUCGUCGUCAGACACUCGCUGAACAACACAAGAGAGGAGCACAUGAUGAGCUCAAACCAAGGAACGUCGAAUGGAUUACGACUCCCCGUCUUGUAUCACAAAGCACUUAAUCAACUCAAGGAGUCCACAGCCUGGUUGCAGAGUAAGACGUUAAAGCUACCUAAAGAAGACACCAAGAACUUACUCAUGUCUCUCUGGGCAGAGGGUCUCCUGGAAGUAUCGCAGUAAGUGACCUUUCAACAUUAGGCGAGGAACUAGCAAGAACAUCUGUGGCCACACCUCAAGGCUCAUGAAUUACUCCAGAUACCAGGGCCCAAUUUCAUAGAGCUGCUAAGCACACAAAUUUUGCUUAGCAUGAAAUGUUUUCCUUGAUAAC